CAUUUUGAACAGCCGAGUGACAUUUGACCUGCAAGUAAAAUAUAUAAAGUAUGUAAAUAUUUAAAUGUAUAAAUAGACAAAUACUGUGAGUGAAAGUGAAAGAUACAUCAAAAUACUGUUUGCGAUGAUCCAGGAUGGAUUUAAUGAGGUAUAGAAAAUUCUUCGUCUACAUAUUAACCUUCCUCGCCUACGCCUGGUCAGGAUAUGGAGCUGGACUGAUCGGGAACCUCCGAGACGCCGUUCUAGCAGCUGAGACCAUUUUCGGGGACUUUUUUCAAAACGCCAUCACUGUCGCCAGGAAAAUUAAGGAUAUUCACGAGGUCUUCGAUGCUGCCGUCGAGGAAAAUUGUGUUUACACUUGUCCCAAUGGUGUGACAGCAAAGCCUGACAGAAAUCAUGUACCUCAAAGUAAUGGAUGUGGUUCUCUGGGUAUUGAGAUAAACCAAGAAUACCUUCCACUAUCAGAAAUGACAAAAUGCUGCGACGAGCACGAUAUCUGUUACGACACCUGCAAUUCUGAUAAAGAAAAGUGUGAUCUAGAAUUCAAAAGAUGCUUAUACAAAUACUGCGACGGCUAUCAGACCACCGGAACAACAAUAGUAAACACUUGUAAAGCUGCCGCGAAGAUGCUCUACACCGGAACGACGACGCUGGGUUGCAAAAGUUACAUCGACGCUCAGUCUGCGGCUUGCUGGUGUCCUGAAAAAGAUAAAUCUAGGAGCUGGAAGAAAAAAGGAAAGUGGUCUGGGUUCGACGAGCUCUGACUUAAUAAAAUAAAUAAAUAUUUUAAUUUAGAUUAAUUUAUUUAAUUAUAAUUUGUAAUUUAUAAUUUAUAAUCAUUUGUCUUAGCUCCGUCCCGGAUAACAAUAAAUUUAUAAAAAAUAAUUCUA